UUUUUUUUUUUUCUUUUUUCUUAUAAAAAAGGUAUUCAAAUCAUGCCAAGGGUUUAUAUUGACAUUGCCAUUGGUGAUAUUGAUAAGUACGCUGAUGAACAAUUACGAUAUAACAAGGCAAAAUCCUGGGUAGCUCAAUGGGCAACGACGUAUGGACUGAAUGAUCAAGACUUAGACAAACUUGAAGAUCAAGAUAGGGAAACAGUACGUGAUAUUUUGGCUAAUGAUCCUACUGCUCAACAAGAAAAAUGGUCAGUAGAUGCUCCUCCUUCUUUAGGUGGUGGACGUUUAGAAUUAGAAUUAUAUGACCAACGAUGUCCGAAGACAUGUGAUAACUUUGUGGCUUUAUGUCAAGGUGGUAAAAUCGGGAAAAGUUCCAAAAAGGCUCUACACUACAAAUCAACUCAUCUUUUUCGAUUGGUACCUAACUUUAUGAUACAAGGUGGUGAUGUCACAAGAGAUGAUGGCUCUGGAGGUGAUUCGAUAUACAGUGGUAAAUUUAAUGACGAAAAGACUGGAUUAUUAAAAUUUAUCAAGAAAGGACAAUUAGCUAUGGCUAAUAGUGGAAAAAACACCAAUACAUCUCAAUUUUUUAUCACAUUGAAAGACCGUGAAGAUAAUCCCAAAGUUUUCGAUAAAAUCAAUGGAAAAUAUGUGAUCUUUGGACAAGUAAUAGAUGGAUUGUCAGUAUUAGAUGAAAUCAAUAAUAUACCUGUAGAAAAUGAAACACCCAAAAUAGACAUAGUUAUAGUGGAUUGUGGUUUGUUAUAGAUCGUGGGAAACAAUAAAAUAGCGGGGAUUUAUUUUUGAUCCUUUUUUUUUUUUUUUUCUUCCCUCUUUUCCAACCUUUUUUUUUUCUAAAUCUAUUUGACAUAACAAUGACUAUUACUGAAUCAUCUCCAGAAAUCAUUGUUGUAGCUGCAGCUUUAGUGGACUCUUAUGGAAUAGGUUAUCAACAUGAUCUACCUUGGCGUAUACCUGGCGAUUGGAAUUGGUUUCAACGAAUCACUACCAAAUCAUACCUUAACCCUUCUACCAACAAGGACGAAACCGUAUUAGAAAAAGAAUCUGAUU